AUGGCAACCACACCAGCUUUGUAUGGAACUUCCGUCAGCACCUCCUUCCUCAGGACUCAGCCAAAGCCAAUGUCAUCCACAACAACAAAGGCAUUUUCCAAUGCUUUCAUUGGCUUAAAAACCACUCUCAAACGUGGAGAUCUUGCACUUGCCAUGGCUUCUUACAAAGUGAAACUAGUUACGCCAGAUGGAACUCAAGAGUUUGAAUGUCCAGAUGAUGUUUACAUUCUUGACCAUGCUGAAGAAGUUGGAAUUGAUCUCCCUUACUCAUGCAGAGCUGGUUCUUGUUCUUCAUGUGCUGGUAAAGUUGUUGGUGGUGAAGUUGAUCAAUCUGAUGGUUCUUUCCUUGAUGAUGACCAGAUUGAAGGUGGUUUUGUCCUUACUUGUGUUGCUUAUCCUAAGUCUGAUGUUGUUAUUGAGACUCACAAGGAAGAAGAACUCACUGCUUAA